AUGGGAAUAUCUGGGCUUUUACCCUUGCUGAAAUCAAUCCAGCUUCACCGACACCUCUCAGACUUCGCUGGUCAAACACUUGCGGUGGAUGCUUAUGUCUGGCUUCACCGAGGUGUAUACGCCUGUGCCACUGAGAUAGCCACUGGAAAGCCCUCUACGAAGUAUGUUGAUUAUGCUAUGCAACGUGUUCGGUUAUUGCGCCAUCACAAAAUUCGUCCGUAUAUUGUGUUCGACGGUGGGCCACUCCCGGCAAAGCUGGGCACCGAGACUGAGCGCAAGCAGCGGAGGGAAGAAAACCUUGCGAAGGCAAAGGCGCUGGCGUCCCAGGGAAGGCACAAAGAAGCCCGGGAAUAUUUUGUUAAAUGUAUCGACGUGACUCCUCAGAUGGCGUACCAACUCAUAAAAGCCCUACGCGCAGAGAAUGUGCCAUACGUAGUCGCACCGUAUGAGGCCGACGCUCAAAUGGCGUAUUUGGAGCGUGUUGGUCUUGUGGAUGGCAUCAUCACCGAAGACUCGGAUUUGCUUGUCUUCGGAUGUCGAAAGGUGCUCUUCAAGCUGGAUUCUACUUCAAGCACUAUUGUCUCAAUCUCGAGGGAGGACUUCGGAUCAGUGACUGCUACUGAAGGGGGUAUAUCACUUCUUGGAUGGUCGGAUGCUCAGUUUAGGGCUAUGGCUAUUCUUAGCGGAUGUGAUUAUCUGCCGAGCAUUCCAGGAAUCGGGCUGAAGACUGCGUGGUCCUUGCUACGGAAGUAUAGGAGCGUAGAGCAGGUUGUGCAAGCUAUAAGACUUGAAGGGAGAAAGUCUGUGCCCAAAGGGUAUCUAGAAGCAUAUAAUCUGGCGGAGAAGGUGUUUUUGUACCAGCGUGUUUAUUGUCCCCUGGAUGAGAGACUGGUCAACUUGACAGAGAUCCCCACGGGAGUUAAGUGGGGCGAUAAAGAGGAGUCGUAUAUCGGAUGUAACAUAGAACCUGCUUUGGCAAGAAAACUGGCCCAAGGGGACGUUGAUCCAAUGACACUUCUACCGAUGAUUGAUAUCAAUCCGAGUUUCGUACCUCGCACAGUAAAACCCCUCCCAUUUCAGGCCAACAAUAUUAAUCGGCCUAGUUCAGUCAAAGGAAAGGGCAAAGCAAAAGCCGAGCCUGAGAGUGGUGGAUUGCUUACCUUCUUCGGUAUUUCCGUCCUCAGUGCCAAUGACACCCAUAUAUUUGACCGUAUUCCUACAGCUCCACAGCCAAAAGCUACCCUUACUCGUAGUAAUUCUGCGCCAACAAGGAGAACGGCAGCGCCCGGUAAAGGUAGCGGAAAGAGGACACUUGUCGAUAUACUUGACGAAGACCUCGUUGCAAAACGCAUCAAAAUAAAUCAGGCUUCGUCUUCCACAGACCAUUCUCUCCUCACACAUUCAAGGUUCUUCCCUUUUCCAUCGAUGUCACAACAGCAGGUGGAACUACCCGAGGACGAUCUGAUGCCCAGUUCACGUAUACCACACCCCCUAUCUGAUAAAGAAAAUCUUCCCGAUCAUGCCGACAACGUUAUAGUAGUCGAGGAAUUGGACGAAAUUCUUGAAGAGCCCCGGGAUCCUGUUACACAAGAAGAUGGGUACCUGUCACCUUCCCCAUCCUACUUCCGAUCAGCCACACCUGAUCUCUCUUCACCUGUACGGCCGUAUAACCCCGCACGGCAUGAUCAUCGUGACGGAGACGACUUCGGCGCUGAUAUCGUCCCCAGCCCCACGGCAGUGAGAACAAUCACGCGACAUGCCUUGCAUCAAUGUUUACCGCCUAAGAAAGAGAAGGUUAGUAUCCUCGUUCGGGAAACGCCGCCGCCGAUGAAUAGCAUUGGUUCUGCCGAUGAAAUCGAAGGACCGGACUUGCGUGAUGUUCUCGACAUUGAACCGCCUUGGGAUAUCGAUGCAAUCGAUGAUGAUAUAAUCACUUCAGCAUCAUCAUCAUCCACUACUGGUCCUAUUACUCCGGAAGACAACGGUACGAAUGACGAAUUUGACACAGAUGGAUCGGCUGAAAAGGAUACAGUGACCGAGGCGAGUGCACGCGCAAAACGCACCGAGAUAGUCGCCAACGGAUGGUGGAAUAAGUGGGCCCUGAACAAGGACUUACGCACUUCGAAGACUAGCGUGCUAAGAAGGCGCGAGACCACGAUCACUCCAGAUGGGCGGCAGCCUGGCUGUCGUACUCGGGUAGGAUCUGCACCGCCCAAGGUCAGGUUUCCAUUGUCUAGCGCAGUAGCAUCUAGGGAUGGAAGAACCCUGAAGGCUGUGGGAGGUACGGGGAUUCGUAAUAAUCCACAAUUUGUGAUCGGUAAGUCGCCUGGUCUCGGCUAA